GUAAGCUGAGUGCGGACGGAGGAAAAGGAAAGCUCAUUACCAGAGGUUGCGAGACACGCCAGCUAACCAUAUACAGGUGAGCCGUCCUUGUUAGUUAGUUAGUGUAACUAUCACUGAUAAACGAAGAGGAAACCCACUGAAGACAACAAACCAAGAGUAAAGCUACAGUUUGAGGACCGCGAAGGAAGCGGGAAUCGGCAGAUGGAAAUCAGGAAGGGCAGUGACUUUGACUCAGACUUCUGGAGCAGACUGUUUCAUGGGGCUCUGACUGCAGAAAAAGAAGGCAGGAAAAUGACCUAAAUAGUAACCAAUGUGACGGACAACCUGGUGCAGAUGUGUUUGUGGUAAUUUUCCCAGUUUCAACCACAAGGAAGACACAUGCAUCAGCGCUCAUACACGUACACCAUAUCUACAGAUUCUGCCCUUCCCUUCCUGCCAUUCGCCCCAGUCCUCCAUGGAUUCCUACAACUUCCACUUUGAGAGAAUGAGCAACGUGGAUCUGCAUCCUCUGAGCAUGCCUGUCAGCCGGCUUUCCCCAGCCAAGUCCAGCAGUAGCAUCGUCGACCAACUUGCACACCACCAACACGGCAAAGGAGACUCUGCCUAUAGCUCCUUCUCUGGUGGUUCCACUGCCCCAGACUAUCCAUCUCCCUUUCUUCCAGAGGACCUUCAGCCAAACUCCUUCAGCCACUAUGCUGAUCUUAAGUAUAUAAAGUCCAUUUACCAUCCGACCCAGGUUCUGCAGUCUGACUCAAAGACCAUGGACCAGCUCUAUCGCUCAGUUGAAUCUAUCACCCAGGAGUACCGCAACAAAACUAACACUAAUGUAAACCACCUUAACUACAAUGGCAGUAACAGUGUCCAUACCAACAACAAAGCACUCUCAAAAAGAGAGAUGCAUUUGGGGAAUUCAGCCCAAAGUGCUGUCCCUCCUGUCCGUCCUCCUCCAGUUCCAGCACGCCUGGAUAGUUUUAUAGCUACUAAAAACUUUGAAAACAUCCAUCAUAAUAAUGCUGAAUUUCAGCUCCAGCAGCCUUAUCAGAAGGCCAGACCCCAAGUUCGGCAGCACCAUGAUCUAAAUGCCACAAAACCUGAGACAGCUAAUGCUGAUACAAGCAACUCGGACUUCACUUCUGACCCAGUAUACCCAGUUUGGAGAGGCUCUCAACAGCAGCAGCCACAGGCACAGGUGCCACCAAACUACCGACCCCACUUCCAGCCUAAUGAUCAGACCAGGCUGCCUCUGAACCCAGAAUACCUAUCCAUCAAAGAGAACAAAGCUGCCUCUGAGCAGCAGAAGUCAGCAAACAAUCUAAGCCGAUCUAUUCCUCGAGGCACAAGUCAGCCUGACCACCUGCCAGCCAAAAAGCCCCCGAGCACUGGUGGAUGUAAUGGAGACCAUUAUAGCAAAGCUAGUAAGCGCCAUCUUGAAAGUCAGCGCAAAAGGGCACAUUCUGCUUACGACUGGCUUGGUUCAGAGCCAGCCCGAGCUGCCAACCCCUGGGGGAGUAAUGAUCAGAGUCUUAUCAGCGGCAGCAGCAUUCAGCACAAGGGUCAAUACUACUUUGUCACUGGAGUGUGUAAGCUGUCUGAGUCUGGUUUGAAGACACACUCUCUUUCUGUUUGUGGUUCUGAGGCUGGAAGUGAAGUCUCUACUGUGUUGGAGACGCACAAGCUAAGAGAAAGAUGCCACAGCACAAUGGACAAUUUGUUUAGACCUCUCCAAGAGACUUCUCGCUCUUUCAGUGGUACAAUUCUAGAUGAAAAUGAUGUUUUCACUUCUGUUACCCCAGGAAAAGAUAUGAUCUCUGAGAGUCGGGAGCAACUUAAACCGUCCUUUAAGCUGACGCAGUCCUCACGAAGCUUCGAUGCCUUAGAAGAAAUCGACACAGUGCAGAAUCGAGAAAUUGGCCGGCACACUGCCAGCAACCCUAUAUUUUAUUGUGGUCCCGAAAGAAGCUGCUCACAAUCAGCCUCACCAACAAUGGAGGAUACAUCACUGAUUAGCAAUGAGCAGUCCAACCACCACAAGAGAGACGAUCAUGCAAAGAGAGGGAAAUGGCAGCCCUUAGGGGAUGUUGCAAGUGAGAGGAUAAACAAGGAAACAACCCCGCUUCUGUACCACCUCACUGGUGCCAGCAGAGCAGCAUUACAGCCCAAGAAUGAGCCUGGGAUCAGUGUAAAAGGCAAGGAAACAGUCUUAAACAAAACAGGCCAAGGUGAUGUGCCAGUAAAUGACAGUGAGACACCUCCACAGGGUGAUAUUAGCAAGAAUAAUAGAGGUGAUGAUAUUUCAGUUGCCUGUAACACCUUGGAUGACUCAUUUAAAAAGUACUACAAAGAGAAGCUGAAGGAUGCUCAGUCAAAAGUUCUGAGGGAGACGUCAUUUAAAAGGAGGGACCUGCAGCUGUCGUGGCCACACCGGAUCAGGGAAAAGCCAGAGCUGAGACCUGGAGUGAUUCAUCGUUUCUCUUCAUCACAGGACUCAGAGACUUCUAGCGACACGCUUACUCCUUCUGUCACUUCAGAAGGGAUGGAGAAGGGGAGCAUAAAAGAAGAAGACAUCAGCGAUCACAUGGAGAUUGGCAAAAAGCAUGAAAAUGAAAGUGGGAGGCCAACAAAUGUUGCCCAGCCACAGGUGGCACGAAUUGGAAGCAGAAAGAGACUGACUCCUGAGCAGAAGAAGAUGUCUUACUCGGAGCCAGAGAAACUCAACCACCUCGGCGGUGGCCCACACCACUCAGCCUGCCGUUCAUUUGGCAAUGAAAGUGACGACCUGUUUUUGGAUCAAAAUGAGGGAGAGGAGCAGGUGCCGCAAGAAGAGCAGGGAUUGGUUGAAGCACGGAGGAAGAUGUUUGAGACAAGAGGUCGAGCUCUUUCAACCUCGAGCACCUCGAAGACAAACCUAAAACAUCUGCGACAUCAGGCUCUGGUGGAUUACAUGGAGCGUAAGACGGGCCAUAAAGCGACCGAACCCCAGCAACCAACGUCUCAGAUACCACCUCCACCCAGACAGAGGCACUCUCUUGGGGAGAAACCAUUUGACUGGCCAGGUCCCAGGUCUCUAUGGGGGAAUUAUGAAGCUAAAAAUACAAAGAAGAAGCUUAACAGACCCCACUCUGCAGGCCGAAUCCUCGAUUCCUCCACCAGCUCGAUCAGGUAUGCACAGUUCUUCUCAGCACAGUCCUGUUCAGGCCAAUAUAGUGGCCAGCAAAAUCAGUCCAGAUGGAGAGAGAGCCAAGGUCCUUCUCAGGGAAAGUCUGCAUCAGCGGAGAGUCUCUUGGACCAGCCAGAACCACCCAGUUUCCUUAGGAACCGUUCCACAUCCACACCGCACACACUUGAGGCAAAUGAAUAUGAGGAGGAUCUACUACCAGCUAAUACUAUGGAGACCAGCAGUUCUGAGAAGAUUGCCAUUAAGGAAUCCUCGAGAAAGUCAGCUCCUGUGGACCAUCACCAGGUCCGUGUACCGUCACAGAGGGGAAAAUCCAUGGAAGAGCUUGGGGUAUCCCAGGUGACAAAGGUGUCAGCCCUGAGUAAAAGUUCUGAACAGCUGGAUCAUCUGCGGAGGUAUUCGAGUGAGAUGGGACGACCAGACUUUUCUGAUGAAAGAGAAGCCCAGGGGCAGGAAAGAAGGAGGAAGAAACUAAGUGUUUUGGAGAAAACAGGAAAAGAGCCAGAGAUUGUUGGUCAGAAGCACACUCAGGGACAGUCACAAAACCAAACCCAGAGGAAAGCCCUGUUGAAGGACAACUCAAAGGAGGAUGCUACAGUCAGAUCAAGGAACUCAAGUGGAUCAAUCUCCCCUAUCUCCUCCUCUUCCCCUUCUCAGGCCAAGGUUCAUCCUGUGAGUCCUGGAUCUCAUGGCCCUGUCACAGAUGAAUGCAGGUCUAGCAGAUCGCCUAGUGAGACUUCCUCAAACCCACCGUCCCCUGGAGGUGAAGAGAUCACUGAGAGGGAGAUUAAAUCCACUGUGUCCACCCCCACUCAGACAAAGCUUCCUUUUGAAAACAGAUCCAGCAGAGGCAGCACAUCUUCUGUGACUGAAUCAGAGAGGGAGCAGUCGGUGAAUGAACCAAGCAGUAAUGGCCAGCCACCUGAUUCAAACCAUGAGGUGUCUCUGAGCUGUGGCGUCACCACAGAUCCUUUGCUCUGGAUUCUGUCACCAGAAGAAGAGGUCAAAGAGGAAGUCAAGACUACACCUCUGACUGACAGUGUUUUUGACUCCACUAGUGCAGUCCCUCUAAAGCAGAUGAGUGAAACCUCUGUGUCUCCCUGCACGUCGGUCUCCGACGAAGACAUCAGUCAUCAGGUGGAUGAGGAGAAAGAUCUGGUAAUGGAAGAUGAGAAUGUGGGAGAAAACCAGGAGAUGGAGGAAAGGGGAACACCAGAGGGAGAGACGGAGGGCCAGGAGACACCUGCUGAGAGACCUAAGUGGGAGGAGCUUGUAGAAGCAGUUGUCGGAGCCGACCAGACGUUAGCUAGAGUGCUCUACCCACUGACCAAUCGUAAGACAGCGCUCAUGCUGAUGGAGCAGCUGCUGUCGGAGGACACACUGCUCAUGGAGGAGCACUACAAGAAGAAACAAGAGCAGAAUGGAGCAGCAGAAAGUGCUGAAACAGUGGAAGGGUCGGAAGCCUCUCCCUGUCCCCCUGCUCCCGACAGUGAGAAAUCAGCAGACCUGCAAAGCAAAACUGACAUCACAGAGAAGAAGCGUUUGUUGGCUUCGUACAUCGAGGACCGCCUGCGCUCGUAUGAAGAGACGCGUGGAGCCCUCCAGGUAGAGGUUCAGGAGAACACAGCCCGCGGGGAAGCGCUACAGGUGCUGGUCCGUGAGCGUUGUCUCCCUGUGGAACUGGAGAGGUACAACCUGUUCAUAGGUGACCUGGAGCGGGUGGUCAGUCUGCUGCUGUGCCUGUCUGCUCGGCUGGCCAGGGUACAGAACGCCCUGAGCACCGUGGAUGAGAACACUGAUGCUGAGGAGAAGCAAUCUCUGGACAGUCGCCAUCGUCUGCUAUGCAAACAGAGGGAGGAUGCCAAAGAUCUGAAGGAUAACUUGGAUCGCAGAGAAAACCUCGUCUCCACCUUCCUGUCACGCCAGCUGUCCGCCGAACAGCUACAGGACUACCGGCGCUUCGUCCAGACCAAGGCGUCGCUGCUCAUCCGGCAAAAGGACCUGGAGGAGAAGCAGAGGCUGGGAGAGGAGCAGCUGGAGGCCCUUACCGGCAGCCUGGAUCUGUGAGGGGGAAAUUUUGGAUUUGCUUCGCUUACCUAAAAUGAGGAUGGCUUCUUCAGAAUGAGACAUGUAGAGACAUGUUGGCUUUGUAGAGGCCCAGCUGGUCUCUGCAACCCUUUGCACUCUGUCAUGACUGUUUUGGUCAUUGAAAAGAGUUUAGCAGAGUUACACCAAGACCCACGAUACCCCUCUUCUAUUUGUUUAUAUAGGCAGUGCAUGAGGUGAGCAGUAAUGACUGAAGUUGCUUACCUUCCUGUCAUCUGCUGAGACUCAUAAAUGCUCACUGACUCCGCCCACCACUGUUUCCAGGCUUGUCCCACUACGGUACAUCUUUUACUUCGAACAGGAGUGAACUGUUUUUGUUUGGGGGGUUUUCUGUGUGCCUUGAUGAUAGCUGAAGCUGUGGAACAUUUUCCAUUAGAGCUGCUGUGGGGACACUUUUUUAGCAAUGCAGAAACCCUCCCUUCACUUUUCAUUAGUGCUUCAGCCCUGUAUCUGCACCUGUGGAAACCUACUAUAAGCUUUAAGAUUGUAUUUGAGCAGCGGGAGGACGCCAGUGAAAGAAAGCAGUCUGAAAGAGAGCGAUGUACUGUAUCAUAUCAGUAAAAAUGUACAAUAGA